CUGUCCUCCCACCGGAUCUCACAGCCCGACGCGUGUCCCCUGCCAACUGUGCUCGUAACUGUCAACCCCGCCGUCUUCCCCGUCAUAUACCCCCCCCCCCCUUCCAUUUCUGGGUCUGUUUCUUCAUGGAGGAUAUGGAUCGGGUCAAGGGUCCAUGGAGCCCCGAUGAGGACAAGCGGUUGCAGAGGCUGGUGGAGAAGCACGGCCCCCGGAACUGGUCCCUCAUCGGUAAAUCUAUUCCGGGUCGGUCCGGCAAGUCCUGCCGGCUCCGGUGGUGCAACCAGCUGUCUCCCCAGGUGGAGCACCGGCCGUUCACGGCGGAGGAGGACGCGACUAUAGUCCGCGCGCAUUCCAGGUUCGGCAACAAGUGGGCCACCAUCGCCCGGUUGCUCCACGGCCGGACCGAUAACGCCAUCAAGAACCACUGGAACGCCACCCUGAAGCGCAAAUCGGAGGGGUUGCUCUGCGACACCCCGCCGAAGAGAUCUUCCCGGCGGGCCGAAACGGCCGAUCCGGCCACAUCCCUCUGUCUUUCUCUACCCGGGUCGAAUGAUAAACCCGUUGAUCCGGUAACCCGACCCGAUCAAAAUCCGCCUGUUUCUCUUCUGCAGUCCGCGCUGCCGCCCGAAUCCGAAACGGCGGGGGAAUGUACUCCGUUCAGUCCGGAAUUUUUGGCGGGGUUGCAGGAGAUGAUACGGAAAGAAGUGAGGAAUUUCAUGUCCGACAAUGUCCGGCUGCCCUGUAUGGAGGAGAAGGGCGGAGCAAUUCAGAUUGCGGCGGUGCACCGUUUUGGGUUCUGAAAUCAGAUUGGUUUUACUUCCGCCGGAGCAUAAUUUGGCAGAGAUAUACAGAGACGGAAGUGGAGAUGAGAAGAGCGCACAUUAUUUAUUUCCCUUUGAGCUGUUAAAAAAAAAGAGGUUCUUAAUUCUCUAAAAUUAAUUUCAUAAAUGUUUCAAAGAAUU